GGCAACAAGUCGACGGCCCACACGCGCGCAAAACUCUCGCCCACGAUGUCGAUGUUCAGGUCGAAGAAGCUCGAUCUGGGCUGUUUCGUCAACAUCAAGGUCAUCCGCGACCACACGAAGCGGAAGGUGUACGAGAAGUACGAGACGGAGAGGCAAGCUCUCCGUUACAUCAUUCGCAACACGACUCUGCCUCCCCGCGUACGCUCCGAGGCCCAGCUGCAUCUGACGCAGAUGCAUUGCUAUACAAACCCGACGCAGAUCAGGAACCGGUGCAUACUUGGUGGCAAGGGGCGGGGUAUAUUUAGGGACUUCAAGAUGUCGAGGUACAAUUUCCGGCUGCAGGCCAUCGCAGGGUCUCUGCCUGGUGUCCAGAAGGCGAGUUGGUAAGCGUGCGCUGGGGAAGCGCAUGCAAGGAACCGCCAGAGCAUGGUGUUGCCUCUCAAAGACAGCCGUCGAUAUCAUCAACAUUGGUUCUUAUAAGGUUCUCUGGUGGACCUCACAAAAUUGGGCUAGAUAUGGCUAGAGCGCAGCAGGAGGGAUACAAAACAGCAGCAGGGACACAGUGGAGGUCAAGGUUAGCCCUCCAAAGUGUCCCAAGACUUAUGUGCAAAGUCUGCAUGGAGAAGGGAGCUAUGUUUGAUACCACCGAAAGAAAGAAAAAACCCGAAGGGACAAAAAUCUCAAAGACAAUUUCUCUC